CCGGCUGCCGGAACUACGUCACGCGCUCGGGCCUGGCUCCUUCUGAGUCCGCCCGCUCGGAACUUCGGUUCGAAACAAAACAAACCGCGGGGGUGGGAGCCGCCGGGGCCGCUGGGGGGAGGGGGCCGGGCAUUUGUUCCUUGCCAGAGUGAUUGACCACAAAGAGUCGCCAAGAUAGCUGGCCCAGGAAGAAAGCGUCGCACCCCUGACCCAGACUCCGUCACUGACCCCGGCGGGCCGUUUGUCUCGUCCAAACGGCUGAAAAUGUCCAGCAGUGCCAGCGUCCCUGGCCAGAGGAGAACAGCCCGGGGGACUGAGGAUGCCACCAACAAGAAGAAGCAGAAAGACCGAGCCAAUCAGGAGAGUAAGGAAGGCGAGAGGCCGGCGGGCAGUGACUCAAAGAAAGACCUGCUGCUGGACUGGAAGCAGAAUGCCCAUGAGGUCAUCGUGAAGCUGAACUUGGGCAGCGGGGCCCUGAAGACAGAGGAGGUGGAAACGUCUUUCACGGAUACCAGCUGCGUUGUCAACUUACCUGAUGGUCGUCAGUGGAGCUGCCAGUUCUAUGAGGAGAUUGAGAGCUCCUGCAGCAAAGUCCAGUGGAAGAAGGGCAACAUCCUCCAUUUGGUGUUGCAGAAAAAGAUCCCUCUGCAUAACUGGACUUCACUCUUGAAGCGCAGCAAGGAUGUCCCAAAGGAGCAGCCAAAGAGGACUGUCUGUAAGGAUAACGGCAAGGAGAAGCCCGCUUCAACAGAGGUCGCUUCUGAGGAGCUCCACGCAGAUGGGUCCGUGGAGCCACCCAGGGGCAAACGGGAGUCCUCCAUCCCUAAGCGAGCCCCUGGGAGGAACGAGCUGGUGGGAGAGAAGAACCCAGCAGGCCCCGGGCUGCCAAGUGGCCCUUGUGCCAAGAGGGCCAUAUACGUCAAGGCCACUCUGUCGGAGAAGGAAAGGAACAGCGGUGAUACGGGGAGCUCAGGGCUCAGUGAGAUGAUUGUUGGCAAUCACAGGAACGGCCGGGAGGCCCAGGGGGAUGCCCUGCUGGACCUGAAGGCUGGCCACCUAGAGAAGGAAUCGGUACCCAUGGAAAUGCAGCCGCCUGCAGCGCCUGUGGGUCCCUCGCCCCAUCCACUUGGGCCCUGCCCAGAGGAGAGGAUCAUACCACCAGCCACUUCCUCUGAGGCUCCGCAGGGGCCAGAAGCUGCGUCUGCCUUCAGUGAAGGCCUCGGCUCCUCUCUGCAAUCCCCGGACCCUGAGAAGAGAGGCUGGUCCCAGGAGAGCGAUGCUUUAGAGGUGGUUUCUAACGAACCAGAGCCUAUCGUGAACCUGACAUUCGUGAAGAAUGACUCGUAUGAAAAAGGGAACGAUUCGAUGGUGGUGCACAUUUAUGUGAAGGAGAUUCACAAAGAGACUUUCAGGGUGCUUUUCCGGGAGCAGGACUUCACGCUGUUGUUCCAGACGAGUGAUGUCAACUUUCUGCGACUGCAUCCGGACUGCAGCUCUCAUACCAUGUUCAGGUGGCAAGUGAAACUCAGGAACCUCAUAGACCCCGACCAGUGCACGUACCACUUCACCACUGCUCGUAUCGACAUCUGCUUGAAGAAGCGGCACAGCCAGCGCUGGGGGGGCUUGGAGGCUCCCGCCACACGAGGUGCAGUGGGUGGUGCAAAGGUUGCCAUGCCAACCGGCCCUACUCCUCUGGAUAAAAGCCAACCCGGGAGUAACCAGCACCCACUGUCCACCAAGGAGGAGGCACGCACAGGGGAGAAGGAGAAGCCACGGGCAGAGGACGCUGGCCUCGAUGGCAUGGCUGCUCGGACGGUGUCGGAGCACGUGCCGGUGAAGCAGGAGCCACACGUACCCUCGCCCAAGCCGACAUGCAUGGUCCCACCGAUGACUCACAGCCCGGUCAGCAGUGAAAGCGUGGAGGAAGAGGAAGAGGAGGAGGACAAGAAGGUCUGCCUGCCGGGCUUCACAGGGCUGGUGAACCUGGGCAACACCUGCUUCAUGAACAGCGUUAUCCAGUCUCUUUCCAACACCCGGGAGCUGCGAGACUACUUCCACGAUCGCUCCUUCAAAUCCGAAAUAAACUACAGCAACCCCCUGGGGACCGGGGGGCGCCUGGCGAUCGGCUUUGCCGUGCUGCUGAGGGCGCUCUGGAAAGGGACGCAUCAUGCCUUCCAGCCUUCGAAGCUGAAGGCGAUUGUGGCCAGCAAAGCCAGCCAGUUCACAGGCUACGCUCAGCACGAUGCCCAGGAAUUCAUGGCUUUCCUGCUGGAUGGGCUCCACGAGGACCUGAACCGCAUCCAGAUCAAGCCCUACACGGAGACGGUGGACUCGGACGGGCGGCCCGACGAAGUGGUUGCGGAGGAGGCCUGGCAGCGGCACAAGAUGAGGAACGAUUCCUUCAUCGUGGACCUGUUUCAGGGCCAAUACAAGUCCAAGCUUGUGUGCCCCGUGUGCUCAAAGGUGUCUAUCACGUUCGAUCCCUUCCUGUAUUUACCUGUCCCCCUCCCCCAGAAGCAGAAGGUGCUGACGGUGUAUUACUUUGCAAAAGAGCCCCACAAGAAACCUGUCAAGUUCCUGGUGAGCAUCAGCAAAGAGAACUCCACUGCCAUGGAGGUGCUGGAGUCAAUAUCUCACAGCAUGCGGGUGAAUCCUGAGAACUUGCGCCUGGCUGAAGUGACCAAGAACCACUUCCACCGCAUGUACCUGCCUUCUCACUCGCUGGACUGUGUCUCCCCUACGGACCUUCUGCUGUGCUUCGAGGUCCUGUCUCCUGACCUGGCCAAGGAGCGGGUGGUGGAGCUGCAGGUUCAACAGCGCCCUCAGGUGCCCAGCGGGCCCAUCACCAAAUGUGCCGCCUGCCAGAAGAAGCAGCAGUCGGAGGAGGAGAAGCUGAAGCGCUGCACUCGGUGCUACCGUGUCGGUUAUUGCAACGUAGAUUGCCAGAGAAAACACUGGCAUGACCACAAAUCCUCGUGCCGCCCUGAGAACAUCGGCUUCCCCUUCCUCAUCAGCGUGCCGGAGUCACGCCUCACCUAUGCACGGCUGGCUCAGCUCUUGGAGGGUUAUGCCAGGUACUCAGUCAGUGUAUUCCAGCCACCUUUCCAGAUGGGCCGGAUGUCACCCGAGCAGAGCUUGCAGCCCCAGCUGCCCGAGAAACAGGACCCUACUGCUCGGAGCAGCUGCGCCACAGUGGUCUCGGCAGCUGCCGCCUCAGCGACCAGCGCCGCCAUGGAGUCGGGAGACGGUGCCAGAGCUCCCCACCUCUCGCAGGAAUCCCAGGCGUCUCCCUCGGCCCCUGAACUGCAGCCCGAGCUGGGGGACGGCGGCGCCGUGAGGAGCAAGGUUCCUAUGGGAAGGAGCUCCUUGCUUAGCUUGGAUUCGGGCUUCUCCGAGCCCCCGCUGGAUGCGCAGGCUGAAGGCUGCGUGGAGAAGGAGCUUCUUUUCGAGAGGACCCCCAAGCCGGAAGCCGCCAUCCCUGGUUACCAGCACCCAGCUGAGGGUCCUGGUUCCCACACUACCCAGUUCUACAUCAACAAGAUCGAUGCUGCCAACAAAGAGCAGAAGCUGGAGGAUAAGGGGGAGACCCCGCUAGAUCUGACUGAUGACUGUUCCCUGGCUCUGGUCUGGAAGAACAACGAGAGGCUGAAGGAAUUUGUGCUGGUGGAGUCCAAGGAGCUGGAAUGUGUGGAGGAUCCAGGCUCAGCCAGCGAGGCAGCCAGGGCGGGCCACUUCACCCUUGAGCAAUGCCUCAACCUCUUUACCAAGCCGGAGGUGCUGGCCCCAGAGGAGGCCUGGUACUGCCCAAAGUGUAAGCAGCACCGUGAGGCAUCCAAGCAGCUCAUGUUGUGGCGCCUGCCCAACGUCCUCAUCAUCCAGCUCAAGCGCUUCUCCUUCCGCAGCUUUAUCUGGAGGGACAAGAUCAACGAUAUGGUGGAUUUCCCCGUCAGGAGCUUGGACCUGAGCAAGUUUUGCAUCGGCCAGAAGGAUGAGCAGCAGCUGCCCAUGUACGACCUGUACGCAGUUAUCAAUCACUACGGGGGCAUGAUCGGGGGACACUACACAGCCUACGCCCGGCUGCCCAGCGACAAGAACAGUCAACGCAGCGAUGUGGGUUGGCGGCUCUUCGACGACAGCACCGUCACUACAGUGGACGAGAGCCAGGUGGUGACCCGAUAUGCCUAUGUGCUUUUCUACCGCCGGCGGAACUCUCCCGUAGAGAGACCUCCCCGAGGGCCACCUCAUCCCACGGAUCCUCGGGCGGAACUGGCCCCGUCCGCUGAGGCAGCAGCCAAUCAGGCUUCUCUGCUCUGGCAGGAACUGGAGGCCGAAGAGGAAGCUGCCAGGAGGCUGGCGAGGGACCCUUGGCGGCCUCACAGCCGAAGAACGAAGCGCCUCACCUCGGAGUGUCCCGACGAAGGCCACGUCCGCUAUUUUGUCUUGGGCACCAUGGCGGCCAUUGUGGCGCUCUUCUUGAAUGUCUUCUACCCGCUCAUCUACCAGACUCGCUGGAGGUAGC